AACUUGUGCACCAACGAGAGUGCUAUUGAAAUACAUUAAGAAGUAUUUUCAACAUGCAAAUGUGUCAUUUCCUUUCUUCAUGUGUCCUGCUGAAAUAUUAUGUGAUAAAGGUUUUAGGCUUCAUUUGUUAAGAGAGGGAAGUGGAUAAAUCAGUGCUGCCGUUUUUAGGACACAAGAAGUAUGGAACAGUGGCAUAGCUUUCCUGAUCAACCGGAGGACACUGACAGUUGUAUGGAAUCUGUCAAGUUCGAUGCUCGCUCAAUGACAGCUUUGCUUCCUCCAAAUCCUAAAAAUGGCCCAACGCUUCAAGAGAAAAUGAAGUCUUUCAAAGCUGCACUGAUUGCCCUUUAUCUCCUUGUGUUUGUCGUGCUGGUGCCUAUCAUUGGAGUACUGGCAGCUCAUCUCCUGAAAUGGGAAAUGAAGAAUUGUGCAGUUGGCUCAAUUAGUGCAGGAAAAGGAAAUGACAGUGAAAAUGACAUGAGAUUUCGUGACGUCAUUACAGAACAUAUGAGCAACAUGGAGAAGAGAAUUCAGUAUCUUUCAGAUAAUGAAGCCAAUCUCGUAGAAUCCGAGCAUUUCCAAAAUUUCACUGCAAUGACUGAUCAAAGAUUUAAUGAUGUCCUUUCCCAGCUAAAUAACUUGCUUUCCUUCAUUCAGGAACAUGGAAAUAUAAUAAAUGAAAUCUCUAAGUCAUUAAUAAGUCUGAACACCACAUUGCUUGAUUUGCAGCUCAAUGUCGAAACACUGAAAGGCAAAGUCCAAGAGAAUACAUUUAAACAACAAGAGGAGAUGAGUAAAUUAGAGGAGCGUGUGUACAAUGCGUCAGCAGAAAUUAUGUCUCUGAAUGAGAAACAAGAGCAUUUGGAACAGGAAAUAAAAGGAGAAGUGAAACUGUUGAAUAACAUCACGAAUGAUCUUAGGCUGAAGGACUGGGAGCAUUCUCAGACACUGAAAAAUAUCACUUUAGUUCAAGGUCCUCCUGGACCUCCAGGUGAAAAAGGAGAUAGAGGUCCUGCUGGAGAAGUUGGUCCACGCGGCAUUCCAGGUCCACUAGGUCCUCCAGGUCUUAAAGGUGAUCGGGGAUCAAUUGGCUUUCCUGGAAGUCGAGGAUUCCCAGGACCAAUGGGGAAGACCGGGAGGCCAGGAAAUCCUGGACAAAAAGGCCAGAAGGGAGAAAAAGGGAGUGGAAGCAUGCUAAGACGAGCAUAACUCCCUGAUCGUAUUAGGGCAGCCCCCUUUUAAGAUCAGGUGGGUUGGGCAGGACACCCUGUGCUACCAGCUCACUAAAAGGCCCUUCACCUCCGGACAAGUCAUCAGCACACCUGACUCCAAGAUCCCUCUGUGGCGCCUCCCAACGACCCCGUUCCCGUGUGGUGCCGGGUUUCCUCAUGGCUUCCUCUCCUGGUCCUUGGUGCUGUUCAGGCCUCAUGCUCAUACCUCUCCCCAUAUAGUACCCCACCAUCCCCACCAUCCCCAAGCCUGGGUGCCACCCAUAUACUGAUUGGCUGUGCUCCUACCCUUUCUCAGAGCCAGGCUGGGAGCCUUCUGCCACCCACUCUUGCAGUGCCUCCUGAACCCAGUUUAACCUAUUGGGUUCCAAUUGAAAUUGCAUGGAUACUGAUUACAUGAGGGUUCUUUAUAUUCAAAAACUAGUCUCAACCAGAGAUAGGGAUGCCAGAAAAGAAUCCAUUUUUUCAUUUCACAUACGUUUAGUGUGUACCUCCUGGAGUUGGAGUAAACCACUGAUAGGAUAGCAAUUGUCUCCAGGCCUUACAGAGAUAAUUCUCCCUGAAAGUUCUACUGGACAUGUAAACAGGCACUCAGACAAGACAGCAGACUAUGG